AUGGAGGGCGUGGAGGAGGAGGGGACGUUGCUGCUCCCGGAGGGUGCUUCCCCCCAGAAUCACCGCCGAAUGCUCAAACGGCUGAAGAAGGCAUCCGAGGUCGCUGAUUUACCGAUGCGCCAUUCUCCUGCGAGCCGCCCAUGGCCAGAGUUCUCCAGAUCUCAAGAUGAUGCGUCUGAGGAUGGUGAGUCCCCGGAUGGGGCGAGAUCUGGGAGUCAAAACGAGGAGACGGAUUUCGACGAUGGAUUGGAUCCAUUGUUCGGGGUUCAAUGUCGUCUAGAAGAGUCGAGAGUUGAAUCUUUUGACAGUGAAACGGAAAUGAAAGUGUCUGAGGAAGUGGGGGGACUGGAUGAUGCAGACGGUUGGACUGGGGAAAGAGUGGAUGAGCCGGGGAAGAAGAUAUCUGCAAAGAAGAGGCUCAGCAUGGAAGAAGGUCAAGAGGAUUCCAAAAGGAAAAAGGUAGCUUCAGGGAAGCGCCUAAGUAAGGACGGUAAACUCUUGGAAUCUGCUCGCGAAAAGAGGAAGCUCGAGAAGGUCGUGAAGACAGGAAGAUAUUUCUUGCUUUGAAGUUAUUUCUUUAUAAUUGUAUGAAUGUGUCCUUCACUUCCAUCAUUGUUCUGUGCUAACAGGAAAGGAAGGUGUACCUGGAACAUCUCCACGCUGAAUCUCAGAAACUGCUGCGAGGUGAAUCAGAUGGAAAAAAUAAAUUCACAAUCUCGUAACCUUGUGAAAUCAAUUUACCAUUGCUGUGAAAUCUAAGUGAUAAAUGUCAUUUCUGGCUCAGAAACGAGAGAUGCGUUUUUUAAGCCAGUGAUAAUCGCGGAUAAACCGAUAUCUUCUGUUUUGGAAAAGAUUCGGCGAAGGAAGUUUGAGCUAUUGAAGAGGUAGAGCUGAUUUUCCAAAUGUCUUUAUUGUCAGUUACAACAAAAUCAAUGCACCAGGGGACUCUCUUUUUCAAAUUUGCAUUUGUUCAAUCCUUUGUCUGCAGAUCUACUGUGACAAAUGAUGCAGAUCGGCUUCCUCAAGUUCAUGGUCCAAUCUUAGUCACUUCUGAUGCUAAAGACCUGCGAUCGCACGAUGAAAAUGAAAAGGUAUGAUUCUGAUCAGCUUGCUGAAGUUGAUUGUCCAGUCUUAAACACUGUUAUUGCUGAAUGUCUAAAGCUGGAGUACGUAAAUAACUAGGUUUUUGGUCCGCGAAUUUCAUGCUAGCGUACUCGACACUGUAUGUGUGUGCGCCUCUGUGUUCAUAUAUACACAUAUAAUGUACCUGUACAUAUAUAAAUAUGUGUGUAUGCACACACACGUAUGCACCUGUGCAUCCAUUCAGCAUUUUUAGUUCUGUAAGUUGCCUAGUUGCCAAGAAUCUUUAGCAUGUAUCCACGUUGGAUAAAAUCUUCCUGCUAAAACUUGGGACGGUCGAAUAUUUAACUGAACCUUUUUGACGUAUCCGACUCCUUUCGUGUUUGAUGAACAUACAUACUUCAGCCUGUGAUGUUUUUGCAAACACUUGCCGCAUGCAGGUGGCUACAUUCUGUUAAUUUGAUGUAACGAAAAUGCCAAAGUAAUCCUGAUCAUGUUCAACAUUAAUCCAUCAUCUCGCCAAAGUUUUUUCUUUUUACAUUCAAUCACGUUUUUUAAUAUUGUCAGAAAACCAAAAUCGGAGCUCACCUGCUGGGAUAAUCGUCAAAUCCAAGAAUGUCCCAUGGGAAAUAACUUGGAAGACUAUUACUAUCUUUUUCAGUUGCGUGACACUAUUGUCCAUCUAGGAUCAACUUUCUAAAUUAACCCGUAAUGUGCAGGACCUGGGUGAGAUUUCAAGAAGUGAAGAGGACACCCCGGGCAGUGGCGUACAGGUAUGGUUUCCUAUUUUGUGUAUGAAUUUUUUGAGAUGUAAUUCCGAUUGUUUUAAUUUCUGAAAGUUUUAUUUGGAUAGUUAUUGUCUGAAUCUUUUUACUGCUUCAGGAAUCAGCCGACGAUUUUCAACAUUGCAACAACGAAGAUGACAAGUCUGUCGAUUGUAUCAACGAAAUUCAUGAUGAUAAUGGGGUGCCUUCAUUGCUCGGUGUUGAUCUAGGUCACAAUUCUGACGCUUCAGAUGACAGGUUGUUGCUGUGAAGUUUGCAAUUGCUUUUCCACCUUUACUCUUCUAUAAUGAUCUGCGUUUUUAAAUGACUGUGGCUUGAAUCGAGCUUCAAUCCCGUUCAUACCAACUCCUCCCAAUAAGCAGCCCGUCCUAUUCGGAGUGUAUGAGCCAUCUCAGAAGUGUUUUCAUCGCAUGAGAACACAUACCUUAUUUAGUCUUUUCUACCGUAGCAGUCUGAUUAUCUGAUGCCCUGGUUACUGUAGCUGGGGAAUCAUUGUUUCAAAUCUACUCUCAAUAAUGUGGUUCCUUCUUUGUUGGCCAGUUCAUCAGAAGAAGAAGACUAUGACAAAGAAAACAUCAAUCCUUGCCCAGACGAACCAGUACCUGUCAACCUGUGCAGGAAAAAUGACCUUAUAAAGGGUUUUGUGGAUGAGGAAGCUGAGGAAGAAGACGACAGUGACCACGAUCUAAUGAGAUUUCAAGAUGACGAAAAUGAAGAUGAGGACGAUGAUAGUGAUGAAGCUGAGGUCUUCAAUGGUCUGAUCGCAUCUGGUUACAAGGAGAAACCAUUAGAUGCCGAGAAAAGGAACGAGCUCCAUCAGAGGUGGCUCCAGCAUCAAGAUGCUGCUGCGACUGAUAAUCUGUUGCAGAGGCUCAAUUCCCACACAAAGCAGAAAGGUCCAUAUAUCGUUGAGAACGAAGCAGAUGAGGAAGAGCCCGAGGAAGACGAUUCCGAGCCCCUUAGCGAUCCACCCCCGGUGAAUGCUGCUCGUCAAAAUGCCCGACAGGCCAAGGAGAAGAUGGCCCAGAUGUUUACCGACUCAGAAGACGCCUAUAUCUCAGAUGACGAGGAAACAGAGCAGCGGCUGCUCCGUGGUAACCUCGUUCUUCACCAAACCGUAAGUCAACUAUCUUUUUGGCUGUUGACAUCUCUCUGAUGUCUGUUUCUAAGCUCCACAGUCUCUGAUACCACCUCCCAGGUAGAGAGAUCCUCGGUCUUGUCUCCCGCUGAGGAGGAUGAGACUUCAAGAGAGGUCUUCAGCCUCAUCAGAAAGCUAAACACCGUUCCUGAUACCAGAAGGAGACCCAGUUCAUUACCAGGUAAUAUCUCCCACUUCUGGUUAUUUAUUUAUUUAUAUUUUUUAUUCACUCUCUGACCUCCCUUCUUUCAGCAAAUUUUGAUACUCUGGCUGUAGGAGGAAACGGAAGCUCCUUCAAGGUAGGGUUGACUUCUACUCUAAGAUCUUUUUUCUGUAGAUCAGAUGCAGUGAAUAACGGAACUUCAGUUGUUAGCCAACUGGGCCCCACGUUGACUUCUGUAUCCACAGACCUGAUUUCGCAGUUAUACUUACGAAAAAAUGGGCCUCGUUGACUUGGCUCUCAGCUUUCUCCAUCCCUUGAGGCCCCCAUUUAGCCCACACGUUUGACUGUAUUAGUUUCUGUGGUUGUAUAUAUAUAUCCGUAUAAUUAUAAUUAUCCACUUACACUGGAUAUUCUCUCAAGGUUUCUUCUUACAUUACAGCCUUCAUUUCUGGGGCGAACAACGGUCAACCCGCUGACGUCAUCUCUCAGACAAGGCAUGUCCGUGUCCAGAUCAUUUGUGUUUGGUCGCGACGACAGCAACAGUCGGGGCUCUGA